AUGAGGAUGUUUCAGCUGUCUCGUGCUGUCAUCCCAGGGGGCUACACACCGCUGGUGCAGCCUCUGGAUGUGGCGGUGAACCGCGCAUUCAAGUGUGGUGUGCGUCAUCGCUAUAGUGUCUGUUUUGAAGAAGAGGGAAUCAACCUCACCACCAAGGCUGUCCCCAUGCCGGUCGAGGAGCUGCAGGCGGCGGCACAGGAGGAUGACGCCACAGAGGAGGACGUGGAGGCGGCGGUGGCAAAGGAAGAGGGGGUCAUGCUUGAUGAAGGCGGGGAGGCAGAAGAACCCAACGAUGACGAGUGGUGGCGCCCUGGCCGCUAUGACGGGGAAGAGUGUGACGAGUGGCAUGCAGGGGACGAGUUUGAGUAA